AUGGAAAACAUGUCAGUUGUGAAGAUUUUAAGCCUCUCUGGUUUGCAAGAAGUGCGGAACUAUAGAUCUCUGUACUUCGUUUUGACUGCAGUCACUUUUCUCCUGAUCAUUUCAGUGAACCUAACUCUGAUUAUCACCAUUGCAGUGGAGAAAAGCCUCCAUGAACCCAUGUACAUUUUUCUGUCCAAUUUGUGUGUUAAUGGACUCUAUGGAACUUUUGGGUUUUAUCCAAAGAUUCUCAAAGAUCUUAACUCUGAUGUUCACGUUAUAUCAUACGGCUUCUGUUUAGCACAACUGUUCAUUAUCUACACGUCUGUUUUAUGGGAGAUAAGUCUUUUAACAUCAAUGGCAUAUGAUAGGUAUGUAGCCAUAUGCAGACCACUGGAGUACCACCGUUUAAUGACACCUCUGAUGGUUAUCAAACUACUUGUCUUUGCAUGGUGUUUUCCUCUUGUGUGGUCUGUAGUUGCUAUCAUUUUCACAUCUAGGCUCCCCCUAUGUGGUUCUCACAUAGACAAACUGUACUGUGACAACUGGUCAGUAGUUAAACUCUCCUGCGUACCAACUACACAUAACAACAUCAUUGGAUUUAUCAUAAUAAUAAUGCAGAUAGCUCAGGCACUUUUCACACUCUACUCCUACUGUAGGAUUGUGAGAAUCUGUCUGAAAUCACAUGAGGGAAGAGUUAAAUUUAUGCAAACCUGCAUUCCACACCUGUUGACUAUAAUUAAUUUUAUUUUUGCAACUAUUUUCGAUGUUAUGUACAGUCGCUACACAUCCAGCAACAUGCCUCUGAGCUUGCGUAACAUUUUAGCUGUGGAAUUUCUAGUGAUACCCCCUCUGUUUAACCCAAUUGUGUAUGGGCUUAGUCUCCAGCAGGUGCGGAAUAAACUGAUCCGAAUCUGCAGCAAAAAUGAAGUGGCUCAUAAGACAUAAAGGUUACAUAUCCUGUGAGCUGUGUAGUACAGCACCUUUAGCUGUGUCAGUAUUGACUACUA